AUGUCGCAGCCAUUUCGCGUCUUUGGGCUAAUGAUGAUGGUCUACCCAGAAUCUCAAGGGUUGCAAGGUGAUGACAAUGAUGAUGGUGAUGAUGGCAACAGUGAAGAAUCAGGGAACUCCUGCCAUUCUGGACUUCCUUCACCCUUGUGCAAGAGCAGUGACAGCACAGAUGAAAAUCAGACAGAGGAUCUGGGAGAACCCACAUUCUCCCUAACUCCUGGGCACUCUUACACGGUGAAAGACAAACAGGUGGAGUUGGCCAAGCAUGCGCUGGAGAUUGAGGAGGAAGAUCAGGAGUUUCAAGAACCAUUUUGCAAAGACAUGGGAGUGUCUGAUAGCUUGCCUGGAGAUGAGGAGCCCAGCCUGACCUACCACUUUCCUGGGCAUCAGAGGUUGCCUGCUCUCCAAAAGGCUGGUACAGCACCAAGCGGCUUCCAUGAUUCUUUCCAGCACAGCUCAGGCCAGCACUUGGGGACAGAGGCCACUGCCACACAGGCCCACGCCAGUGACCAUUAUGUGGGACACCCAGAGAGCACCACGGGAACAGAGCCCCACGUGCUGUGCGAGGAGGAUGGCAAGGACAGCGAGGACAGCAAGGACAGCGAGGACAGCGAGGACAGCAAGGACAGAGAGUCCCUGUCCCUGCAGCCGACCUACAACUUGCUGUGGCAGGAGAACAGCAUGCUCAGGUCAGAGAACGAAAUGCUCAGGAAUGCGAAUGUCGCGCUCAGGUCGGAGAACUUUACACUCAGGCAGGCGUUCAAAGAGCUCAAGAAGGACAGGGCUGUGUUCAUGGGGGAUGGCAUCGUGCUCAGGGAGGAAUACGGCGUGCUCAGGGAACAGUAUGACAGGCUCGAGAGUGAGAAUGCUGCACUCAGGAAGGACAAUGCCAUGGUCAGGAGAAUGUUUGACACCUUCCAGAACAGCUUGAAGAGACAGGCGUGCGUGGUGGUGAGCCUGCAGGAUCAGCUGAAGACCAGCCAGGCUGAACGAGAGAGGGAAGCCCAAGAGCUCCAGUCCUUAGUCCAGGAGACCGAGUGUCAUCUUCAGCUAACGACCCAGCGGGCUCUGAAUGCCGAAACAAAUGUGGAGAGGCUGAAGCAGAAGAUCUUUAUUCUCCAAGGACAGCUGGAAAGAUACAAGCUGGAGAAUGAAAACCUGAGAACAGACUGGCCUGGAAGCAGUGAAGCACAACUUAGACUUCAUCAGGUAAAACCCCCACGAGCUCAUAAUGGACAAAGAUGCCUCCCUCAGGCAGUUCUUGCCUCAGAAAUGUUGCCUGUUGUUACUGAGGUCCUUGAAUCCACCAGAAAAAUUCUCAAAUUUUAAGGAGAGAAGGAUUUUGUGAGUGAGUUCUGUGUGAGUUCCAUGGAUUCAUGCAUGGUCCAAGACCAUUUUCUCCCAUUUGUAACCAUUUACUGCAAAUAAAAGCAUUUACUUUCCCAUUCUCAAAUGUGUGUGCCUUUAUUCUUUGUGGAAAUACUUUCCUUGUGAUUAAGUACCAAUUGCAGGUA